CUGUUGAGGCACGAACGACAACUCUGCCAGGAGAAUGGCUACCGGAUACCUAAUGAUGUAGAGUAAUGUAACCUUCCUUCGAUGAUUCUGGAAAGGUUGAGAUAAAAAGUUCGGCUGUCCAUUGAUUCUCAUCGAAGAACGGCAGACUGUCAGUGAAGGUAUCAACCGGUACAAGAGAACCCAGUGAGACAAAAUGACGUCCCGAGCGUUUUGUUAUAACUGCGAACAUAGUUCAUAUUUGAGGCUUUGCAAUGGUCACCAUAGACAACCCAUGAUCCUGCCAUCACAGUAUAACUGGAAAAGAAGAUUCUUUCAAAAGUGUUUGCUGAGGGUGAAUGAUGGAACAUAUUCAUGGUCGUUGCCAAGUCCAAAUAUAGAGAGAAAGAGACAAGGCCUUAUACAGUUGUUGCACAGUUCUGAAGACAACCCUAUAGGCUGUACACACCUUUUUGACGAUACUAAUGACGACCCUUUGGGUCUUACUGUUACAGAGUUGGUGAACAAUUUUGAAGAUCACGCUGUAGGCCUUACACAGUUGGUUGAUAAUUCUAAAGAUCACCCUGUUCACCAUAGAAAGGUUUUCGAUAACUCAGAAGACCUCUAUGUGGAACAUACAGAGAUUAUGAACAAUCCAGAAGAUAAUCAUGUGGACCAACCAAAUAUUGAAGACUAUUUAGAAGGCCACCAUGAAAAUGCUAUAGACAAUCAGGAAGACCACCCUAUUGGUCUUUUAAAGGAUAUUGGCUGUCUUGAAGGUCACCUUUUACCUCAAACAAAGGUUGUGGACAAUCUGGUAGACCACCCUGUUGGCCAUACAAAUGUGGAGAAUCCAGAAGACCACAUUGCAGCCCAAUCUAUGACUGUGGACUAUCAAGAGGACCAACCUGUACCCAAAAUCAAGAUUGUAGACUAUCUAGAAAACCAACCUGUAGACCAUACAGAGGUUGUGGACUAUACAAAAUAUCUUCCUCUAGGGAAUGCACAUGUUGUGGACUUAAUAGAAGACCACAUUAUACCCAAAACAAAUGCUUUGGACAAUCUAGAAGACCACCCUGUAGGCCAUGCAAAUGUUGUGGACAUUAUAGAAGACCACCCUCUAGGCCAUACAAAUGUUCUGGACAAUAUAGAAGACCACCAUGUAGGCCAUACAAAUGUUGUGGACAAUCUAGAAGACCGCCCUCUUGGCCAUACAAAUGUUGUGGACAAUAUAGCAGACCACCAUUUAGGCCAUACAAAUGUUGUGGACAAUCUAGAAGACCGCCCUGUAGGCUAUACAAAUGUUGUGGACAAUCUAGAAGACCACCCUGUAGGCCAUACAAAUGUUGUGGACACUCUAGAAGACCGCCCUGUAGGCUAUACAAAUGUUGUGGACAAUAUAGAAGACCACCCUGUAGGCCAUACAAAUGUUGUGGACACUCUAGAUGACCACCAUAUAGGCCAUACAAAUGUUGUGGACAAUAUAGAAGACCACCAUAUAGGCAAUACAAAUGUUGUUGAAAAUCUAGAAGACCGCCCUGUAGGCUAUACAAAUGUUGUGGACAAUCUAGAAGACCACCCUCUAGGCAAUGCAAAUGUUGUGGACAAUAUAGAAGGCCACCAUGUAAGUCAUACAAAUGUUGUGGACAAUCUCGAAGGCAGUCCUGUAGGCCAUACAAAUGUUGUGGACAAUCUAGAAGACCGUCCUAUAUGCCAUACACAUGUUGUGGACAAUCUAGAAGACCGCCCUGUAGGCAAUACAAAUGUUGUGGACAAUCUAGAAGACCGCCCUGUUACAAAUGUUGUGGACAAUCUAGAAGACCACCCUGUAGGCCAUAUAAAUGUUGUGGACAAUCUAGAAGACAACCAUGUAAGGCAUACAAAUGAUGUGGACAAUCAAGAAGUCCACCCUGUAGGCCAUAAACAUGUUGUGGACAAUAUAGAUGACCGCCCUUUAGGUCAUACAAAUGUUGUGGACUAUCUAGAAGACCACCCUGUAGCUCAUACAAAUGUUUUGGACAAUCUUGAAGACCACCAUGUUAAUCAUACAGACCACCCUGGUGAUCAUACAAAUGUUGUGGACAAUCUAGAAGACCAUCCUGUAGAUCAUACAAAUGUUGUGGACUAUCAAGAAGACCACCCUGUAGACCAUACAAAUGCCAUGGACAAUCUAGAAGACUGUCCUAAAGGCCAUACAAAUAUUGUGGACAAACUAGAAGACCGCCCUGUAAGCCAUACAUAUGUUGUGGACAAUCUAGAAGACCACCAUAAACGCCAUACAAAUGAUGUGGACAAUCUAGAAGACCUCCAUUUAGGCCAUGCAAAUGUUAUGGACAAUCUAGAAGACCUCCCUGUAGGCCAUACAUAUGUUAAGGACAAUCUUGAAUACCUCCCUGAAGGCCAUGCAAUUUUUUUGGACAAUCCAGAAGACCUCCCUGUAGGCCGUGCAAAGGCUCUAGACAAUUUAGAAGAACUCCCUGAAGACAAUACAAAUGCUUUGGACAAUCUAGAAGACCUUCCUGUAGACCAUACAAAUGCUGUGGACAAUCUAGAAGACCACCCUCUAGGCCAUACAUAUGCUGUAAAUGAUCUAGAAGCCAGCACUGUAGGCCAUACAAAGGCUGUUGACAAUCUAGAAGACCUCCCUGCAGGUCAUGCAAAUAUUGUUAACAAUCUAGAAUGUCUCCCUGUAGGCCAUACCAAUGAUGUGGACAAUCUAGAAGACCUCCCUGUAGGCCUUUCAAAGGCUCUAGACAAUCUUGAAGACCUUCCUGUAAGCCAUGCAAAGGCUGUGGACAAUCUAGUCAACGAGCCGUUAGGCCAUGCAAAGGCUGUGGACAACCUAGAAAACCUUCCCGUAGGCCAUGCAAAGGCAGUGGACAAUCUAGAGGACCGUCCUGUAGGCCAUGCAAAGGCUGUGGGCAAUCUAGAAGACCUCCCUGUAGACCAUACAAAUGUUGUGGACAAAUUAGAAGACCUGCCUGUAGGCCAUGCAAAGGCCAUGGAAGAUAUAGAAGACCACCAUGUAGGCCAUACAAAUGCUGUGGACAAUCUAGAAGGCAGCACUGUAGGCCUUUCAAAGGCUGCUGACAAACUAGAAGAACACACUGUAUGCCAUACAAAUGUUGUGGAUGAUCUUGAAGACCUCCCCGUAGGUCAUACAAAUGUUGUAGACUCUCUAGAACUCAACCCAGUAGGCCAUGCAAAUGCUGUUGACUCUCCAGAAGACCACCCUGUAGGCCAAUCAAAUGUUUUUGACAAUCCAAAAGACCACACUGUAGGCAAUACACAUGUUGUGGACGAUCUGGAAGAGCUCAAUGUAGGCCAUACAAAUGAUGUAGACAAUCUAGAAGUCCGCACUGUAGGCCAUACACAUGUUUUGGACAAUCUAGAAGACCUCAAUGUUGGCAAUACAAAUGUUGUGGACAAUCCAGAAGGCUGCACUGUAGGCCAUACACAUGUUGUAGAAAAUCCAGAAGGUCGCACUGUAGACCAUACAAAUUUAGUGGACAAUCUAGAAGACCACCCUGUUGGCCAUACAAUGGCUGUAGACGUUCUAGAAGACCACCCUGUAGGCCAUUCAAAGGCUGUAGACGAUCUAGAAGACCUCCCUGUAGGCAAUACACAUGUUUUUGACAAUCCAGAAGACCACUCUGUACCUAGUGCACUUCUUGUUUUUAAACCAGAAAACCACUCUGAAAGUUAUAUAAAUGUUGUUGACAAAGCCGACAUGGAGGUCUCCUGCAUUGUCCACAACCUUUGUAAUCAGCGUUACAACUUCAACUGCUGUUUAGGUCUUCGUUUUAUCUUGUUCUUGCUUUUUCAAAUGUUUUGUUUGGGCAAUCCAUACGCAGUGUUGCAUAAAAUUAUCUUCAGCAAAUUAGGAGAACAUGUCACAAUUCAUCUAUCUUUGAGUACUGGGAUUGAUAGCUCUGUUAGCAUUGGAGGAAUUGCAGUUGGUUUCUGUGACAUGCAAAUUUCACAGCGCUGCUACUUAAAUGAUCAAACAUUCAGUGGGGCUUACAGUUUCGAUGGUAAUGCUAGUGAGUGGAGAUUGCUAAUACACCAGUUGUCAUGCUCAGCUACAAAUGUUUCUGUUACUGAAACUGGUCCCCAGUUGAUUCCGUCUCAGAUAGUAGAACUACAGAUACAAGAAUGUCAACCAGAGUCAAAAAGUGGUUAUACAAACAAAAUUGAAACUGGUUUUGUAUCUAUCCCAAACCCAGUUAACAAGACAAUCAAUUGCACAAAAGGAAAGCAGGUCACAAUCGAAUUAUCAAUUUACCCAAACACAGAUUGUUCUGUUAUCUUAAGGGAUAUUGAGAUUGGUGCGUGUGACAUGCGCAUUCAACAUAUUUGUCACAUUAUUCAAGAUUUUGUUGGGUUAUACAAUUUCAUGAAAAGUGUGGGCAUGAGCUGGAAUUUGACCAUAAACAGAGUUACAUGCAAUGAUACCAGUAUUGCAGUUAAGGUGACUGGGGGUCAGAUAUUGCAAUUUAUCAAAAUAAAUGUACAAGGCUGUGAAGAUACCCUUUAUGAUGUAGACACUACAACAAGAACUCAAAAUGAAGGUGAAUCAAUCACAAAACAUGAUAAUGGCUUUAUUAUAAGUGUGGUUGUUGCAGUUGCAUUUACUCUCCUCUUUUGCUUUCUUGUUGCUUGUUGUAUUGUAAAAGGAAAAAACUCAUUAGUUCUUCCCAUGAGCUAUUUGUUCAACAACAGAACUGAAAUUGGUAUCUAAGAAACAGCGUUUUGGAGUAGUACGUUCAUUUAAAGAACACACUAGUUUAAGCUUUUAAAUAGUUAUUUUACCAAAUGAUUUGUGUUAAACGUUUAUAUAUUUUUUUACCCCUUGGUCUAACUUUAACAAGUUUUAAUUGUUAUGCCCCCGGAUUGAAUGAUGGGGGCUAUAUUGUUUUUGGCCUGUCUGUCAUUCUGUCUGUCUGUCAUUCUGUCCCAAAACUUUAACCUCAAAACUUUAACCUUGGUUAAAGUUUUGCGAUAACUUUUGAAAUAUUGAAGAUAGCAACUUGAUAUUUGGCAUGCAUGUGUAUCUCAUGGAGCUUCACAUUUUGAGUGGUGAAAGGUCAAGUUCAUCCUUCAAGGUCAAAGGUCAAAUAUAUGGCUUCAAAGCGGCGCAAUAAGGGGCAUUGUGUUUCUGACAAACACAUCUCUUGUUUUUAAUAACUUGGAGAUGUUGUGUCGCGAGCAGCAACCGUGUUACUAAAUAAAACAUACUUCAUUGAUAAAAAAGGAUUUGUCCCUCUAUAACUUUAAUAUUAAUUGCUGGGUUUUAAAACAGCUUUUCACCAAUAAGAGUUUGUAUGUUUCGCGCAAGAAACCAUUUGGUGACAUUCAAGGUCAAGUUCAAACAUUGAGGAUCAAGACUUCAUUCUUAAAAUAGGGCUUAGUUUUUUAACAGUUACCGGUAAUUGACAGAUUUUAAAUGUAUGAGGCUGUGUGUUUUGCAUAAUAACUAUGUAACUACCGUCUAGGCCGUACAGAGAGAUCAUAGGUCAAACUUUAGCUGAUAUCUUUUGGAAGAAAGGCUUCUUUAUACUAUUACUAGACCAUUAAUUUCAAGGAUUUCAAAAAACAAUUGCAUACAUGUUUAAUUAUACGAGGUUUUUUGCCAACACCGUUUUUUGCUAACACCGUUACCCUGAAGGUCAUAAUUAGAGAUCAAGUCAAUAUGCAGCAUUUAUUGUCAAGUCUGUAUGUCAUUUUAAGGUGUAUGCAUCAGUCUCUGUCAGUGAUCUCUCUAAUUAUCAUGGUAAUAGUACUUUAAAUUCACUUGCUCAAUUGUGGGAAAAACAAUUGUCUGUAUUGUUCAUGUUGUCCGGAAUAUGUAUGGAGUACUUUAAAUUCACUUGCUCAAUUGUGGGAAAAACAAUUGUCUGUAUUGUUCAUGUUGUCUGGAAUAUGUAUGGACAAGUGAAAAUUAGUCAGAAUUUCUUUAUUUGCAAAUAGCAUUUUCAAAAUUGAACAAGUUAGCCACUAUGAGAUUUACCCAUCCUUGAAAUAAAUUCUAAAUUGAUGCGUUAUAUAAGUUUGUGUUUAUAGUAAUAACAUAUUUUAGACAACAUCAUUUAAAAUAUUCAUAUUUCAACGUGCUCAGCAUUUUGUUAAUAAAUAAAAUGAAAAGUUAAACACUCAUUUAAAAUUGUCAAAAAAAUACUGACCAUUAUCUGUGUAUUAAUGUACGCAUUAUGUACUUUUUUAUGUAUGUGUGUUACACUAAAAAUGUACAAGCGUUAGUGAUCUUAGAUAAUCUUGCAUAUAUUAGUUUGGAUAAUGUUUUCUGUUUAUGAUAUCUCCUGCAAAUAAAUGUGUAACCAAUAAUAUUUAGAUAAGAAAUAUUUUUAUUUUUACUAAAUAAUAUCAAAUUUACUUGAAAUUUAAUAUGUUUUAAUAAAUACAAAUAAAAUAAUGAAUGUGUUACAAACUGUCUAACAUUAACAUUUUUGCUUGAACAUUCUUUGUAUAUAUAUAUGUAUGUUGGCAUGAAAUGAUUUGUAUUAUUAGCUUUAUUUAUGUAAUUUAUCCACCUGAUAUAGAAUACUGUGUUUUCUUUUAUUUGUCUUGUCAAGGUCAUGUUUGUUAUUAAAAAAUCUGAAAAUGACUAACAUAAUUUUAGAUACAGACAAAAUGUAAAGUACAUAUUUUGUAUGUGCUUUUUAUUAAUGUUUUAAUGUUACAUAAGAUUACCUAAAAUUCAGUCUCAGAUUUAUCAAUUAACCAACAACAAAUAAGCCUAAUGUGUUAUCUCUGGAAAAUUGCCUCACUCAUUAUUUUUUUCUGAUAUUAUACUUAUUUUGAUUCGGUACUCUUUUGUACUAUCUAUUUCCCUUUCUUCUCUUUUCAAAGCUUA